UGAGGGAGAGACUAGAAGAUCUAUGAUUACUGGCUCUAUGUAUCCAGCUUCCCAUUUGGGUACUGCAGUAAUAACUUUUCAUGUUUCGAGUACGAGUUUAAUCACCUCGUGGGCCGUUGUGGCGACAGCCAAAGUAGAUUAAAGAAAUUAUUUUUUAUAUUCAUAGGUUCUAUAAUUCUUCAUGAAUUUCAAUAAUUUUUAAAUAGAUCAUUUUUAUAUUACGAUAGAUACAUAUUGUAGAAAUGGCAGGAACAGGAACGGUAGGAAAACGAAAUUGCAUGAAGUCGCCGAUCGACGUGGGUACAGCGAAUUUAGGUCAAACUCAAGUCGAACAAUUUUUCUUAUAUUUGAGAGGCUUUGAAAUAUCUACAAAGUGUAUAUUACGUUCUAAUAAUCUUUUCAAGUUUUUGGGUCAAGCUCUUUCCGUUACGUCGAUGCUUCGAUUUAUUGCACACGUAUGCAUUACGAAAGAAGAUUUAGAUUCGACAUUGUCUACUUUGCGAUUUGCUUCUACAGUUUCGAAAUUACGGCCGGUUAAAAUUACAUACAACGUUAGACCACAGGCUGAAACAAUCAUAUUGGAACUUAAGAAAGAGAUUAAAAUUUUGAAAAGAGAAUUGGAAUUAAAUGAAAUAUUUUUUAAUCAGGAAACAAUAAUGAAUAUAUCAAAGUUAAGAUACGAACAAAUACAUCGCGAUGUAUUGAAUUUUUUAAAUGGUACAUUAUCAGAUCUGACGUUAUAUAGUGUUUCGCAGAUGGAAAUAUUAUUAAAAAUUAUUAAAAAUUUAUAUCACGAAUUGACUUUGAAACAAGCCGAGAUUGAUAACGCUUUGAAAAAUAUAAAUCAAAUAACUUCUUCAAUGAAUUUAUCGGAAUCUAAUAAUAAGAUGGUUUUACCACCCAAGAAUAACUCAAUUAUGAAUAAAACUCAAAAUACUGGAGCAAAUUUUUCACAAAUAAGUAACAAUAUUAUUCAAAGUUCAAAAGCGGAGCAAGUUGGUGUAUUAAAUGAUACAGGUAUCACAUUAGGAAAUUUUAACAAAGAAGAAUUUGAAAAAAUUAUAAAAAUACAUAAACACGAAAACUCUUCAAAAGUCCAUGAACAAUGCAAAGAAAAUAAUGAACUUUCGGUUCACUUUAUCGAUGGAGAGAAAGCCGUAGAAGAUUUGAAAGAUAAAUUCUAUCAGUUACAAAAUAUGAUGCUACGUAUUAUCGAGACUAAAAAUCAACCGAAGAAGCCUAUGAUAGCGCGAAAAAUGUGUAAAAAUUGAAGAGUAUUCAGUGAUAUUAAGUAAUGUAAUAAGAUAAUUUAAUGGAUAAUAGACGAUACGUAUAAUGCAAUAUAAGUUUAUAUUAAUCUAGAUCAAAUGGAGACUCAUGAGAUGUUGAUAAAA